AUCCAUCGCCAUUUUUGAAAAUCAGGAGGUGUGCGCCAUCUGGUCCACAACAACCUCCUCAAUUUCUGUUUAAUUUAAUCGCUUUCUACAAGUACUUUGUCCACGAAUGGCUAAGCGAAACAUGCAUCAAGCGACCAUGCAAAGCAGUAAUUCUCCCCAACCAGCUUUACGCACCACCGACUCCCCGGAGGAAUCACCGGGGAACAAAGACAGUCCAGAGCCGAAGGAGGAGCUUUCUCCUGGGGCCGAACCAGCAGAAGAAGCCGGGGAAGGAAGCGAGGAACCCCGGGAUGAAAUGACCCUGGAUAUCAACAGUUUUAGGAAGCCUGGAGAGAAGACUUUCACUCAGAGAUCCCGGCUUUUUGUGGGGAACCUCCCGGUGGAUAUCCCCGAGGAAGAGUUCAAAGAUAUGUUUGCUAAAUAUGGAAAUAUCAGCGAGGUGUUUAUCAACAGAGAGAGGGGCUUCGGCAUCAUUCGUUUGGAAACACGGACACUAGCAGAGAUUGCUAAAUGUGAGUUGGAUGGGACUGUGAUGAACAAUCGACCAAUCAGGAUACGCUUUGCUACACACGGUUCUGCACUCACUGUACGCAACCUGUUACCUGCAGUGACCAAUGAGCUGCUAGAACAGGCGUUUUCUGAGUUUGGGCCGGUGGAACGGGCUAUCGUGGUGACGGAUGACCGCGGUCGUCCCACUGGGAGAGGCAUCGUGGAGUUUGCACACAAAUCAGCGGCACGAAAAGCUCUGGAGCAAUGCACGGAGGGAGCACUGCUGCUGACCAACACACCUUGUCCAGCCAUUGUGGAGCCCUCGGAGCACUUUGAUGAUGAGGAUGGACAGCCUGAGAAACUGCUGCACAAGACCGCAAAAUACUAUAAGGAACGAGAGCUGAAGCCACAUUUUGCUCAGCCGGGGACUUUUGAGUUUGAAUACUCGUCUCGCUGGAAAGCCCUUCAUGAGAUGGAGAAACAGCAGAAAGAGCAGGUGGACAAGAACAUAAAAGAGGCCAAAGAGAAGCUGGAGGCCGAGCUGGAGUCGGCCAAACACGAACACCAGCUCAUGAUGAUGAGACAAGAUCUGAUGAGGCGUCAGGAGGAGCUGAGGAGGCUGGAGGAGCUUCGCAACCAGGAGCUGCAGAGACGACAGCAGAUAGAGAUGAGGCAUGAAGAGGAGAGGAGGAGGCGAGAGGAGGAGGCGAUGAGGCACAGAGAACAGGAGGAACAGAGACGUCCAGCAGAAGGAUUCAAACCAAACUACCCGGACAACAGAGAGCAGGAAAUGAGAGGAGGUGAACUGGGCGCUCGUGGAGCCGCUAAUUUGGGAGAUGGCUAUAACCAGGGCUCUCCGGGGGCCAAUGGUAACCAGGGUCAGAUGAUGGGAAUGAGUGGAAGGGGAGCAGCCAUUGGCCAAGAGGGAACGGCAAAUAUGGGGUCGCCAUUGAUGUCGGAGAACGGAGCAAUGCGGAACGAUAGGUUUCCGCAGGGAGGACAAAUCGGGGGGCGACCAGAAGUUGAGUCCCCAAAUCAGCAGCAACAGCAGCAGCAGCAACAGCAGCAGCAACAGCAGCAGCAGCAGCCAGUGGGCCCUCAGGCUUUUGAAGGACCAAAUAACAAACGACGCAGAUACUAACUCUUCCCAAACAUAGAGAAUUUCCCUUUGUGACUGACAUAAACCCAAUCUUCUUUUCCCGUUUCCACAACAUGGACAUAUUUCUCACUAAAAGGCAUCUAUUUUGUGGAUUAAAUGCUUUUUAAAGACUCUUAUUUGCGAUAUUUUUGGACAGCAUAUGUUUUCUGAAUGAGACGGUUGGUGCUGUUUUGUCUGCUGAAUCUUACAUGUAUUUAAAAGUAUUUUUCAAGAAGGUCCUUCGUGGGAACAUGACUGCUAUCGUUGCAUUUUAAAAGACAUUAGAAAACAAGACUGCUGACAUUUUAAAGUGUAACAUUAGAGAGAUAGACAUACUGUGACUCUUAGCUAAUUAAAUGUUCUAUCAUACAGUGAGUGAGUGUUUAUACAGCUUUGGGGAAUCCUGUAUUUGAUGGUUACGAGUAAUAAACCAUUUGUGGGAAAUUCUGUCUCUUUUUGAUUGGAAAUAAUCGUGAUUUCUUAACUGUAAAUAAGCCAAAAUCCUAAAGUCCAACCCCCUUAGACUUAACCCUUUUCAUAUGUUUGUAAAGUUGGAUCCGGUCAGUUCAGAUCUGGAUGAAUGUCUGAAUAUAAAAUAUGUUUUGUACUGUAAUUUACUUUAUAUAGCAAACCCAUUACCCUAAUGUGUUUCCUUCUGAAAUGGAAAUAUAAGCCACUGCGAGUUCAGUUGAUCACAAAAUCUGUUUAACUAUCAAGAAACUUUAUUUAUUAAAUGGACAAGUAGAAAAAAACUCCUUCA